UCAUUCGAAAUAUUGAUAACUGCUUCGAAAUAAGAUUCUUGGAAAUGAUGACAUUUGAAACCAUAUUAUUGUCAAUGGCAUUGGUCAUAAUGUCAGUAGCCGCCUAUUCACCUACAGAAAAGCACGAACUAGGUAUACAUGGAGUGAAAAAGGUUUUACAGCUUGAAAAUGCAGUUGGUGGAAAUAUAGGCGGUCAUCGUGCAGACUCCCUUUCUGUACUGGAUGUAAUUGAUGCAAAUAGACAAGCAGGAAAUGACAGAAGAAGCUCAGCCGUCUCUGAAAUCAUACAAAGCUCAUCAUCUCAAAGGUCUGGUGUUGUAUCAAGCAAUGAUGCAUUAAACAGAAAUUGUCAUUAUGAGUGUGGAGUAGAUAAUCUUUGUAAUGUAGGGCAGAAAUGUGUACGAGAUGGUUGUAGCAGUUAUUGCGUCCGAGUUUCUUCUGGCGGUGUAAUUGGAGUAUCUGGUUUGUCGGGGUCUAUAAGAAGAGGAAACACAGUCUCAGAAAUUAUUAGAGGUUCGUCAUCUGACCUGACCAGGGUUUCAAGUAUUGAUGGUUCGAAAUGCAGUUAUGGAUGUGGAGACAAUAAAUUAUGUGCGUCAGGACUUAAAUGUGUCCACGAAGGAUGCAACAGUUAUUGCGUACAAAUUUCAUCUGGUAGCAUUAUUGGUUCAUCUGGUCAGUCUUUGACCGGACGUUUAGAUUUAUCUAACAAUGCUCAUUUGGAAACUAUUGGUAGAAGAAGUGGAAUUUCUGGUCACACAGGUUCCGAUAUUCUUGACGCUAUCUCAUCUAGACGUAGUGUCAUAGAUGCAUUGGACACAGUUUCUUCUAGACGAGGUGGAUCAGUGAGUUCAUCUGGUUCAGGGAUUGUAUCUCAGACAGUAGUAGGAGAACACAGUGGUUGCAGAAGACUAUGUCAUAGUGAUGCAGAUUGUCCUCCAAGCAAGUACUGUACCACUGUUAAAUGUCACAGGAUUUGUAGAAGAAGGCCGUCUAAUGGAUACUCACGAUAAACAGAAUUAGAAAUUUGAAGAAAUCCACAUUUUUUAAGCGAACUGAUUUUUUUAUGAAAGAAAUAAAAUGUUAAAUACA